UCAGAUUGCGAGGGGAAUAUCAUCUUAAUAUAUUUUCUUACAUAUUGUACAUCUUAUUCAAAACACCUGUGAUCAUGAUUCCUUUCAAACCUGUAUUUAUUUGGUCAAAUAAUUUAGUGAAAUGUAUUUCGGGACAGAUAGUUUAGGUUGGAAAUCGUCUGCGCUCUAAACUAGCAAACUAGACAGGAGACUACUGUGCAGGAAGUCUAAUCUUACAAACUGCGCAUGCUCAGCGGCUUCUCAGAAUGUAGGGAUGGGCCCGACUUCGUAAAUAGGUGUACUGGGAGUGGCCAGGAGAUGGCAGACACAGAUGUUACAGUGUCCAUGGGGGAUGUUGUGAUGGUGAAGGGUACAGAGGAGGAGGAUGACCCCGAUGACCCCAGUAGAACACAGGUCAUCCUGCAGCUCCAACCAAUCACACCAGGUGUGUUCUCUUACAGUAUGGAUGAGGAAUCUGCAGAGACCGAAGCAGCUGUCGUGGCAGUUGGAGCGCACUCUGACGAAACCACAGUAGAAGGGGAGGAGGUUGAAUUGGGAUAUCCAAUCACAUGUGGAGAGAGCAAGGCUGUACUGCUGAUCAAGAAAUUUGUAUGCCCUGGAAUCAAUGUCAAAUGUGUCAAGUAUGAGGACCAGCUGAUCAGCCCCAAGCAGUUUGUGCACAUGUCUGGUAAAGCCACAUUGAAGGACUGGAAGAGGGCAAUCAGGAUGGGCGGGGUCAUGCUCAGAAAAAUGAUGGACUCGGGACAGCUGGACUUCUACGACCACAGCAGCCUUUGCACCAACACGUGCCGCAGCACCAAGUUUGACCUGCUGAUCAACAACACCAAGUUUCCUCCCGACGGCAGCGGCGUGACCACGCCCACCUCUUCCCAAGCACAGAUAGUCAUAGGAAACGGUGGACAGGUGGCGCUGGGAGACGAAAGGACGGAUGUCCUGAGUGGUGCUAUGGAAUGGAGCACCGCCAGCCUGGCUCUGGAGACGGCAGAGAAGAAGGAGAGCAGCGAGAUCUCAGAGGAGACCCUGAACUUCUGGAAGGGCAUUGUGGACGUGGGUCUGAUGGGGGAGGUGGUGACCAACAUCAGCACAGAGCUGCUGGAGAUGCUGAAGGGCGUGCAGCUACGCAGCGAACAGGCAGCCGUCCAGGACUCUGAUUCCUGUCUGGUGGAGGUGGCCGUGCUCAGUAACCUCGCGCAGGUGUUCGGCCUGCUCGACAACGUCAAGCGGAUCGUGGAGAAACGCCGGCAGCAAACGGACCCGAGCCAGGAACAGGUCCUCCACACCCUCGACAAUCUGGAGCAGCAGUUGGAGGAGCAGAAGAAACAGCAGCAGGCCAGGGUUCUGCUGUCCAACCCGCCGCCCGUCAACAACGUGGGCCAGGCCUCGGGGGGCACCGCCAAACGGCAGGCCAAACGGCCCCGUCUCCAGCGGCCGGCCUCCACCGCACUCCUCACCUCCGCCGUCACCCAGCCAGCCACCCUGCAGCCCCAGCAGUUCACGGUCCUCUCCCCCAUCACCAUCUCCUCCAUGGGCCAGCCCUUCACCAUGGCUGGCCUGCCCAUCGCCACCCUGGCCCAGUCUCCCAACACCGUCACCCUGCACACCAUCCCUGCCAACACCCAGCUCUUCACCCGCUACAUGGUGGGGGGCACAGACGGCAAGACGGAAACCUUCACACUCCAUCCGUCCUCCGGGCUCACUCUGGUGGGCACCACCAUGCAGGACCCCAGCCAGCUGGGCACGAUGGUCAGCCCCAUGGAGCUGGUGCAGCUGACCCAGCAGGCCUCCGGCGUGGAGGGGGACGUGAUGGGCGGGACGGUCCUGGUGCAGGAAGGGGAGGUGGACGAGGGCCAAGGACACACGGUGAUCGAGAUAGACCCGGCUCCUGGAGAGCAGGCCAUGGGGGUGAUGGAGCUGCAGCUGGCUGGGGAGGCUGGUGGGGAGGGGGCCACCAUGGUGGUCCAGGGGGGGAUGGAGAUGGCCAUGGUCACCGGGGGGGAGGGCGAGGUGGUGGAGGGGGAGUCGGAGGAGACGCAGGGGCACAUGGAGGGCCAGACCGGGGCAGAGGGGGUCCAGGGACUGCAGUUGGAUGCCAAUGGACAGCUGUCAGGUCUCCGUAUCAUGGUGAUCGAGGAGGGGACUCAGGUAGAAGACAAGGAGAAAUGAGAAAAGAAAAC